CUGUCAGGGCGCCGCGCGGCGGGCGCAGUGCAGGCUCCGGCUCCGCGCCCAGGAGGCUGCCGCUCUGGCUCGCCGCCCCCGCCGCUCCGCACCGGCCCCCGCCGCCGCGCCGCGCCAUGGACCUGCCCCGGGGCCUCCUGGUGGCCUGGGCGCUCAGCCUGUGGCCAGGGUUCACGGACACCUUCAACAUGGACACCAGGAAGCCACGAGUCAUCCCUGGCUCCAAGGCCGCCUUCUUCGGCUACACGGUGCAGCAGCAUGACAUCAGCGGCAAGAAGUGGCUCGUCGUGGGCGCCCCGCUGGAAACCAACGGCCAGCAGAAGACGGGAGACGUGUACAAGUGCCCAGUGUCCCACGGGAACUGCACAAAGCUCAACCUGGGAAGAGUCACCCUAUCGAACGUGUCCGAGCGGAAGGACAACAUGCGUCUUGGUCUGAGCCUAGCCACCAACCCCAAGGACAACAGCUUCUUGGCCUGCAGCCCCCUCUGGUCUCAUGAGUGUGGAAGCUCCUACUACACCACAGGGAUGUGUUCAAGAGUCAACUCCAACUUCAGGUUCUCCAAGACCGUGGCCCCAGCUCUCCAAAGGUGCCAGACCUACAUGGACAUCGUCAUCGUCCUGGACGGCUCCAACAGCAUCUACCCCUGGGUGGAGGUCCAGCACUUCCUCAUCAACAUCCUGAAGAAGUUUUACAUCGGCCCCGGGCAGAUCCAGGUGGGCGUUGUUCAGUACGGAGAAGACGCCGUGCAUGAGUUCCACCUCAAUGACUACAGGUCCGUCAGAGACGUGGUGGAGGCUGCCAGCCACAUUGAGCAGCGGGGAGGAACAGAGACCCGGACGGCAUUUGGCAUAGAAUUUGCUCGUUCAGAAGCUUUCCAGAAGGGAGGACGGAAAGGGGCCAAGAAGGUGAUGAUUGUCAUCACGGAUGGGGAGUCCCACGACAGCCCGGACCUGGAGAAGGUGAUCCAGCAAAGCGAGAGGGACAACGUGACCAGAUACGCUGUGGCCGUCCUGGGCUACUACAACCGCAGGGGGAUCAACCCAGAAACUUUCCUAAAUGAAAUCAAAUACAUCGCCAGCGACCCCGACGACAAGCACUUCUUCAACGUGACGGACGAGGCGGCCCUGAAGGACAUCGUGGACGCCCUGGGGGACAGGAUCUUCAGCUUGGAAGGCACCAACAAGAACGAAACGUCCUUCGGGCUGGAGAUGUCGCAGACCGGCUUCUCCUCUCACGUGGUGGAGGAUGGGGUGCUGCUGGGAGCUGUGGGCGCCUACGACUGGAACGGAGCUGUGCUCAAGGAGACCAGCGGCGGCAAGGUCAUCCCCCUCCGAGAGUCCUACCUGAAGGAGUUCCCCGAGGAGCUCAAGAACCACGGCGCGUAUCUGGGGUACACAGUCACAUCGGUCGUGUCCUCCAGGCAGGGGCGGGUGUACGUGGCGGGAGCCCCCCGGUUCAACCACACCGGCAAAGCCAUCCUGUUCACCAUGCACAACAACCGGAGCCUCACCAUCCACCAGGCCCUGCGGGGCGAGCAGAUAGGCUCUUACUAUGGCAGUGAGAUCACCGCGGUGGACAUCGAUGGCGACGGGGUGACCGACGUCCUGCUGGUGGGCGCCCCCAUGUACUUCAGCGAGGGCCGGGAGCGAGGCCGGGUGUACGUCUACACCCUGAGACAGAGCCGGUUUGUUUACAACGGGACGCUGCAGGAUUCCCACAGCUUCCAGAACGCCCGCUUCGGGGCCUCCAUCGUCGCCGUGCGCGACCUCAAUCAGGAUUCCUACAACGACGUGGCGGUGGGAGCCCCGCUGGAGGACAGCCACGCGGGGGCCGUCUACAUCUUCCACGGCCUCCGCGGCAGCCUCCUGAGGGCGCCCAAGCAGAGAAUCGCUGCCUCGGAGCUGGCUCCCGGCCUCCAGUAUUUCGGCUGCAGCCUCCACGGGCAACUGGACCUCAACGAGGAUGGGCUCGUCGACCUGGCGGUGGGCGCCCUGGGCGGCGCUGUGAUCUUGUGGUCCCGCCCCGUGAUCCAGGUCAAUGCCAGCCUCCGCUUCGAGCCGCCCAAGAUCAACAUCUUCCACCGGGACUGCAAGCGCAGUGGCAGGGACGCCACCUGCCUGGCCGCCUUCCUCUGCCUCACGCCCGUCUUCCUGGCGCCGCACUUCCAGACGGCCACCGUCGGCAUCAGGUACAACGCCACCAUGGAUGAGAGGCGGUACACGCCACGAGCCCACCUGGACGAGGGUGGGGACCGAUACACAAACAGGGCUGUGCUGCUCUCCUCCGGCCGGGAGCACUGCGACCGGAUCAACUUCCACGUCCUGGACACCGCUGACUAUGUGAAGCCAGUGGCCUUCUCAGUGGAGUAUUCCUUGGAGGACCCCGACCACGGCCCCAUGCUGGACGAUGGCUGGCCCACUACCCUCAGAGUCUCGGUUCCCUUCUGGAAUGGCUGCAACGAGGACGAGCACUGUGUCCCUGACCUCCUGCUGGAUGCCUGCAGUGACCUGCCCACGGCCAUGGAGUACUGCCAGAGGGUGCUGAGGAGGCCCGCGCAGGACUGCUCCGCGUACACGCUGUCCUUCGACACCACGGUUUUCAUCAUCGAGAGCACGCGCAGGCGGGUGGCGGUGGAGGCCGUGCUGGAGAACAGGGGCGAGAACGCCUACAGCACCGUCCUCAACAUCUCCCAGUCAGCAAACCUGCAGUUUGCCAGCUUGAUCCAGAGGGAGGACUCCGACGGCAGCAUCGAGUGUGUGAACGAGGAGAGGAGACUCCACAAGAAAGUCUGCAAUGUCAGCUACCCCUUCUUCCGGGCCAAGGCCAAGGUGGCUUUCCGUCUAGAUUUCGAGUUCAGCAAAUCCGUCUUCCUGCACCACCUGGAGGUCCAGCUCGCAGCCGGCAGUGACAGUGACGAGGAGGAGAGCACCAAGGAAGACAACAAGGCCCUCCUGCGCUUCCACCUCAAAUAUGAGGCCGACAUCCUCUUCACCAGGAGCAGCAGCCUGAGCCACUACGAAGUCAAACCCAACAGCUCCCUGGAGAGUUACAAUGGCCUUGGGCCUCCCUUCCACCUCACGUUCAAGAUCCAGAACCUGGGCUUGUUCCCCGUCCACGGGGUGAUGGUGAAGAUCACCGUGCCCGUCGCCACCAGGAGCGGCAGCCGGCUGCUGAUGCUGAGGGACUUCCUCACCGACCAGGUGAACACGUCCUGUAACGUCUGGGGAAACAGCACCGAGUACCGGCAUUCCCCGACGGAGGAAGACCUGAGUCGCACCCCGCAGCUGAAUCACAGCAACUCAGACGUCGUCUCCAUCAACUGCCACGUGAGGCUGGCCCCCAACCAGGAAACCCACUUCCACCUGCUGGGGAACCUGUGGCUGCGCUCCCUAAAGGCACUCAAGUACAAGCUGAUGAAAAUCACGGUCAACGCAGCCUUGCAGAGGCAGUUCCACAGCCCCUUCAUCUUCCGAGAGGAGGACCCCAGCCGCCAGAUCACGUUUGAGAUCUCCAAGCAAGAAGACUGGCAGAUCCCCAUCUGGAUCAUCGUGGGCAGCACCCUGGGGGGCCUCCUGCUGCUGGCCCUGCUGGUCCUGGCCCUGUGGAAGCUCGGCUUCUUUAAAAGCGCCAGGCGCAGGAGGGAGCCCAGCUUGGACCCCACGCCCAAAGCGCUGGAGUGAGGCUCCCGAGGAGGCUGCGAGUGGAUGGGCCAGGGCCAGGCGGUGUGCAGGCCCAGGCCGGUGGCCCCGUGGAGCUGGGGCAGAGGAUGCCAGCUCGCUCUGCACUUGACCUCAUCUGAGAAACCAAGCCUGCGCCCUCUGAAGGGAACUCAAGCCGGUUUUAAGAGGGACUGCCCUGCUGGGAGACCGAGACACCUCCAACAGAGAUCCCUAGAACAGAAAGGGGCCUCCCCCAGGCUCUGGGGGGUUGGCUACCCUCACCAGUAAGGUGCUAGGGAUUCCUAAACCUCCUCCUCAGAAACCCAGAGAGGAAGACUGCAAAUGCAGACCCACUCUGUGCACUCCAGACCACUACUUCCUAUAGGGCCCAGUGGGACAGCAGAUCUGAACUUUGUACUAUCCUCCACCCCCAUGCUGCCAACAGCUCCUGAGUCACGCCUACCCCUUCCCCAGGCAGGAGAUGGGUCCCCGAGCUUCCCCUGAACAGCAGGGGCUCAAUGAUGACAGAGGAGGGCCAGGGGUGAAGACUCUGGGACACGGAGACUGUGACGGACAGGCAGCUGGAACCCAGAAACCAGGCACCCACACAGAGAUGGGGAGCACCCCCAUACGUUCACAGACCGCCACACACUCCCCCACGGUGCUUGUGACCCUCAUCCCAUGCCCCCCCGCUUCCCCGCCGCUUUUGUUCCCAGAAGGUACAUCCAGAGCAUGUGGGUGACACAGUCCCCUGUAACCCCCUAUAGCUCCGCGCUCCCACAGCGUCUUCCUGGGGCAAGCCGGGCACAGGGAAAGGGUGGGAGCCUCCCCUCCCUGUAUCCCCCGUCCCUUCGCACACACAGCCUUCCAGCCCUCCCUUCCACCUACUGUGCACAGAAAGGGGUUCUCUCUGGAAUGCACUGAAUGAGGCCGGUCCAGGGACCCCGCGGUGGAAAUAUCUGACCCGCCGCCCACAGGACAUGUGGUACCACCCAUGCCGGCGCCGCGAGGACCAGAGGCACACCUGGUGCCCAAGCCGAGUAAUUUAUGCCUUAGCCUUGUUUUGAGGUAGAAACGAAAGGGGGAUACAUCCAAGGCAUCUGUCCCCGCCACAUAGUACGACCUUUACUGUCGUAACUAUUUUUUAAAAAUAAAAGGUAGUGU